AUGCUCGCUCUGUCGCUCGCAACUCUUGCUGCUGCCUCUGUGGUCCGCGCUGCAACCUACUCUGUCACCGACACCUUUAUCGGGUCGUCUUUCCUGAGCGGUUUCACCCAUGAAGCCAUCGCUGACCCCACCCACGGACGUGUCAACUACGUCGACCAAUCGACCGCUGUCAGCAGGAACCUUACGUUUGCGUCCGGAAAUACGUUUAUCAUGCGCGCUGAUUCGACUACCACGCUCAACCCCUCCGGGCCAGGCCGGAACUCGGUCCGUAUCCAGAGCAGGAAGCAAUGGUCCACUCACGUUGAGAUUAUGGAUGUGAGGCACAUGCCCCAGGGAUGUGGCUCGUGGCCCGCCUAUUGGACUACCAACACCGUCAACUGGCCCCAAGCCGGUGAGAUUGACAUCAUCGAAGGUGUGAACGACCAAGGUCCCAACGCUGCGACCCUCCACACCACCCCCGGUUGCACUCAGCCCUACACCCGUGACCAGACUGGGCAAGUCACCAUUCAACAAUCUCUCUCUCUUUUAACGCACUUUGACUAA